AUGUCAAGCUAUCGCCCCAGUUACAGUAACACUCGCGACGAUGCUCGCGCGUCGCGAAGGCCUCGCAGGUCUCCACCCCGUCGCUCACCCGACGUGUACCGCUUCGGGGGAGAUAACUACCGUCCUGGAUCUUACAAUGAUCGGGAUGCUGAUCGCGGCGGACGUGACAGCGAUCGUCGGGGCGACUUCACCUUCCGCGCAGAGAACGAAGGGCCGCGAUUCCCUCCUGCGGACAUGCGCCGUAUAGGGCCGCAGAAUCGUGCCGACCAGAGGAGGCCACGACAACAAGCACGCCGCGGUGGUCGGCCGGGCCCUUGGAAGCCUCUUGCAGCCAACGCGCGACCGAUCUUGCGAACCAACCGAGAACCUACACCCGAGCAGCUGGAGGGCAUGAACGACGGGCACAAAAGAUUCAUAUCUCUUGAUGACGUCUCUGACUCGGAAGCCGAAAUGGACCUUGGCUCUGAGGCCGAGGAAGAGCAGGCUGCCCCUGAGGGCCAACCGCCAACGAAAAAGUCUCGAGCAGACGCGUCCGAUAAAGCUGACGGCGAUGCUGCCCCUCGCUGGUCAAAUCCUGACCCUUAUACUGUUCUCCCUCCUCCAGAUGAAUCGCAGACGAAGAAGCGCGAUGUUGUGAAGAUGAUUCGAAAGGCAAAAGUAGCUGCUGAACAGGAGGCCCCUCCUAAGAGCCCUGUCGCCCAGAAUGCUGAUUUCAUCUCACUCAACUUCGAUGAUGAGCCGCAAGAUGAAGAAAAUGACCGAUCGAGCGAAGGUUCCGAUAACGAGGACAGUUCCAAGGAUGUGCGAGGCACAAGCGGGACAUCCUUCAGCCAUCUUGACCAUCUUCACCCCAACCGCUCGACGCUACCCCCGAAGCCUGCAUCGUCGGAAAACACGGUUCCUCAGGAUUCUUCAACAUCGUUCAAUGCAGCAUCUCUUGGACCUCCGCCGUCGCUCCCACAAUUGCCUCCUUUGCCGUAUUCCGUGGCCGGACUAGACGUGUGGCCACCGCCGCCUCCACCGCCGCCUGCGCCUAUGAAUGCAAAGGGACAAAAGAAAGAUUUAUAUCUCGAAGACCUCGAUGACCUGAAGCCGUUGCCACCACUGCCUCCUCAAGGAAGAAAACGUAAGCGUGGUGAAGUCAUAGAUGGUGGCAUUGUUGAGAGUUGGAUCCCGCGUGAUCGUGCUUCGUCGACACCGUGGUGUACGAUAGAUCAUUCAGGAACGGAGAACAUGGGGUACUGGUUACACAAAGAGAUUGCCGACUUCUAUGACUUUGUCAGGCCUCACGCUUUUGAAGACGCUAUGCGCGAUGAUCUUGUUCGACGUAUCUCUGAUGCUCUCACGCAGAAGUUUUACAACGGACGCCUACAUUGUUUUGGAUCCUUUGCCGCAGGCCUGUAUCUCCCAACCGCUGACAUGGACCUUGUUUUUAUAUCGGAUGAUUUUCGUCGAUCUGGUCGUUCUUCAUUCGCCAACAAGGGUAUGCUCUACAAAGUGUCUAGUAUCUUGGAGAAGACAGGGAUCUCCCAACCAGGAGCUACUGAGGUUGUUUCGGGCGCUCGUGUUCCGAUCAUCAAGCUGGUAGACCGCAUAACAGGCUUGAAAGUUGACAUCUCAUUCGAAAACACCAGUGGCAUUGUCGCAAAUGAGACAUUCCAGCAGUGGAAGGUACAAUAUCCUGCGAUGCCUAUUCUUGCAACUCUUAUCAAGCAAUUUCUGGCUAUGAGAGGAUUGAACGAAGUUUUCACUGGUGGUUUAGGAGGCUUCUCCGUCAUCUGCAUGGCUGUCAGCCUCAUUCACCACUUACCCGCUCGUCAGAGCGGCAACAUGUUGCCUGAACACAACCUUGGCGAACUCUUGUUGGAGUUUCUGGACCUUUAUGGCAACAAGUUCAACAUCCACAACACGAGGAUCUGUCUCAGGCCGCACAGAUAUGAAGUGAAGGGUGCGGUGGCCUUGAAUGGCAAGCCCGAAAGACUGGAUCGAUUGUCAAUCAUUGACCCCAAUACACCUCACAACGACAUAUCAGCGGGCUCCCACAACAUCGUACUGAUUCGUCGUUGUUUCUCCGAGGCUUACACGUCUCUCCAGAAGCGGAUCGCUGUGCUUCAAAACAGCGAGCGUUCGGAACGCCAAUCCAGCAGUAUCCUUGGUGCAAUCUUUGCUGGCGAUUACUCCAGCUUUGACGUGCAACGCCGCCGUCUAAGGCGGAUUUAUGAAGACCGGCAAAGGUGA